AUGGUUUCUACGAAUAAUUCUGACAUUGAUGUAGUUAAGAAUUUCUUGCAUACUCCUGGAAGCAUUGAAGCUUCCGAAUUAGUUACUGCUUUAGGAAUUAUGAAUAUUUCACUUGACGGUGCUAAUUUCGAACAGAAAAUGCAAAAUAUUCUGUCUGCCAUACCUCUCACCUCAAUUUUUAUGCUUCUGGGAAGUGUUAAUGAAGCGGUAACGUCAGUAACCUGUAAAGUUCUUAAUAAAUUAUUACGACCUAUGAGUUAUAAGGAUGUAAAUUCUUCAGGACUCGAGAUUGAAAAAUCCCUUGAGUCUGAAGAAGCUAUUCAAGAUUUGAUUAAAUCACCACUUUUCUCUAAAGCACUGGAAUGUUUAGGAUAUGAAGACAUUCCAACUUCAACCAAAAUGGCAGAUUUCUUUACCAAGCUUGCCAAUACUAGUGAUUCUGGAUUGCAAGCCUUAUUUAAUUCGGAAUCUGUUGCCAUUUUAAAAAGACUUUCCGAGGGAAACGAAACCAUAAAGUUUCGUGUGUUUGAUUUGAUUGCUCGAAUAUCAACAUCUUCUUCAGAGGCAUUCCAAUUAUGCAUAUCAACCGGUGCUCUGGAUCCAAUAACUUCUGAAUUAAAUUCUGAUGAUUUAUUGGUUAGGUUAAAUGCAGUGGAAACUUUUUCUAAGAUAAUUCAAAGUAAAUCUGGUUAUUAUUUUCUAGAAAGGUCUGGGAUUAUAAAGUCACUUGUUGAUUAUUUAACAAAAGAUGAUGACAAAGACAUUGUACUUGUUCUAAUAAAAUCUGCUUCCCUUAAAUUUUUUGGGAAAUUAUCUGAAAUUGAGGAGGUGGAUUUUUUUGAAGUAGAAAAUAAAUAUAAAAUUCUCACUCAACUUGAUGCACAUCUUUUGAGUGAUAAUUUAGAACUCAAGACAACUACAAUUAAUGUUAUUGGAAUGAUUGGCCAUAAUCCUCUUGGUCUUAAACUUUUGUAUAAUUGCACAUCUCCUAAUAUUCUUAGCCAUUUUAUGGACCUUUAUCAUAGUUCAGUAGGAGAAGAGAAAUUAAUAUGCAUGCAGACUAUUUCAUGCUUAAUUGGUGCAAGCGAUUCUUCAACUGGUGACAUAGAUAAUAUAACUGAACAAAUAUAUCAGCAAAUUGGAGGAUACCCAACACCUCUUAAAACUUUAAUGGCCAAUGCAAAAGUAACUAUUGAAGAUAUUCGUAUUGCAAACUUUGCAAUUAUGCAAGAAAUAGCCUCACAUCCAUGGGGAAAAAUUGAGAUGUCAAGAUCCAAAGAAUUUAUUGACUAUAUACUCAAUCGUACCACAGAGUCUACUCACAAGGGUAAAGAGUGGAAGUAUUCUAUAGUUCAAACUCUAAACUCUAAUUCCGAUACAAUUAUCGCACCAAAUGUUCUUCAACGUCUUAGAAAAUAUUUGAGCGAAGGUCCUUUUUAUGUAAGAACUACAACCACUGUUGCGCUCGAAAGUGGUUAA